AUGAGCUGCAUGCAGACAGGGACCCAGAUGGUGAAGCUCCGCGGCGGCUCCAGAGCUGUGCGCUACUUCUACCUGGACCAACACAAGUCCUGCAUCCGUUGGCGGCCCUCGCGCAAGAACGAGAAGGCCAAGAUCUCCAUCGACUCCAUCCGAGAGGUGUGRGAGGGUAAGCAGUCUGAGAUCUUCCAGCGCUACUCUGAGGGCAGCUUUGAUCCCAACUGCUGUUUCAGCCUGUACUAUGGAGAGCGCUUGGAGUCCCUGGARRUYGUSUCCAGUACGGGCGAGGAAGCYCGCACKUGGAUCACCGGCCUCAAGUACCUGGUGGCYGGCAUCAGCGACGAGGACAGCCUGGCCAAGAGGCAGCGCACCCGCGACCAGUGGCUGAAGCAGACGUUUGCGGAGGCGGAUAAGAACGGCGAUGGAAGCCUGAGCAUCAGCGAGGUCUUGCACCUCCUACACAAGCUGAACGUCAACCUGCCCCGCCAGAAAGUCAAGCAAAUGUUUAAGGAGGCAGACACUGAUGACAACCAGGGCACCCUGGACUUUGAGGAGUUUUGUUCCUUCUACAAGAUGAUGUCGACACGCCGUGACCUCUACCUGCUCAUGCUCACCUACAGCAARCACAUGGACCACCUUGACACCAGCAACCUGGCCCGCUUCCUGGAGCUGGACCAGAAGAUGACGAAGGUGACCAAAGACCAUUGCCUUGAGAUUGUGAACAAAUUUGAGCCAUGCCCCGAGAACCAGAAACAAGGGGUUCUGGGUAUUGAUGGUUUCACCAGCUACAUGCGCAGCCCGGCAGGCGACAUCUUCAACCCAGAGCACAGUGUGACCCAGGACAUGUCUCAGCCGCUCUGCAACUACUUCAUCGCCUCGUCCCACAACACCUACCUGAUGGGGGACCAGCUCAUGUCCCCGUCCCGCCUCGACAUGUACGCCUGGGUGCUGCAGGCCGGCUGCCGCUGCGUGGAAGUGGACUGCUGGGACGGGCAGGACGGAGAGCCCAUCGUGCACCACGGCUAUACGCUCACCUCCAAGAUCCUCUUCAAAGACGUCAUCGAGACCAUCAACAAGUACGCCUUUGUGAAAAACGACUACCCAGUGAUCCUGUCCAUAGAGAACCACUGCAGCGUCCCCCAGCAGAAGAAGAUGGCCCAGUACCUGGUGGAGGUGAUGGGAGACAAGCUGGACCUCUCGGCCAUCAAGGCAGAUGAACGGGGCUGCCUGCCCUCCCCAGACACCCUCAAAGGGAAGAUACUCAUCAAGGGAAAGAAACUCCCAUCGAACAUUGACGAAGACAACGAAGAGGGUGACGUGACGGAUGAAGACAGUGCUGACGAGAUGGAGGACGACUGCAAACUGAUAAAUGGCGACACGUCCAUGACCAGGAAGCAGGUGGAGAGUGCUAAGAAGAAGCUGGACAACCUGAUGAAGGAGUCUAACCGUGACCAGGAGGACCCCGACAGCUUCACCAUCGCUGCUCAGCCUCCCUCGGAAAGACACCGACAAGUCACCCUCCAAGUGGCGUUGAACUACCAGUCAGAGGGGAGAGUUCUCCAGCUGAACAGAGCCAAGUUCAACAGCAACGGCAACUGUGGCUACAUCCUGAAGCCGGCCUGCAUGUGUGAAGGUGCCUUUAACCCCAUGAUAGAGGAUCAAUUUCCAGGGCAGAUGAAGAAACAGCUGGUGCUGAAGAUCAUCAGUGGGCAACAGCUGCCAAAGCCCAAAGACUCUAUGCUGGGGGACAGAGGAGAGAUUAUCGACCCCUUUGUGGAGGUGGAGAUCAUUGGUCUACCAGUGGACUGCUGUAAGGAACAGACCAGGGUGGUGGAUGACAAUGGUGACUUUAAACCCCAUGUGGAGGAGACACUGGUGUUCACGCUGCACAUGCCCGAGCUGGCGCUGCGUUUCCUGGUGUGGGACCAGACCCCAUCCGGCCAGGACUUCAGUGGCCAGCACCAUCGCCUCUUCACAGCCAUGAUACCAGGUUAUCGCCACGUGUAUUUGGAAGGUAUGGAGGCGGCCUCCAUCUUUGUUCAUGUGUCUGUACAUGACAUCACUGGUAAG